UCGAUGAAUUGCUAUCAAUAUGCAUCCUCACUCCUCUCUCCACAGCUACUCUUCCUAUAUUUCUUCUCCUCCUUGGCCCUCCCCGUGUCGUCGCAACAAUAGGCACGCGCUGUGACUCGCAUCUGGCCCGCAUGUGACAGCAUCGUCACUCAGCUGCGACGCCCACGUCCCACAGUUCAGGCGCCCAAUCCGUGGAACGAAGACCCAAACCUACCACGGGACCAGGGGACAGCAGCUUACAUAGAAACACCUGUGCGCAAGUACAUAGUUUGGAACUGCCACUCCGUACUUCCUCCACGAUAAGUCACCCAUCGCCAAAGUCCCGAAAAUGAUCCAACACCUCUCACCCCCCGCUCCACGAGACCUCCUCCCACCUCUCCUCGCCUGCUUACCGACCGCAUUCGCCUCAAGCAAGCCUCCGCCAGCUCUGCUACCCCUCCUUUCACCGAUCCUGCGGCAGCGAGUACAGCUCCUUUCCUCCGAGUCCUGGCUCCCCCUCCUCUGCUGGGAUGCUCACGCAGCCUCCAAGCUCCCCGGCAUCGUCGAAGAAAUACAACUAGAACCGCAUCCAGUCUCAGGAGAAAUAGAACUCAGAGACCCAGAAGCCAUCCUCUACCGGCGAUUAGACCCCGAAACCCUGCACGUGCGCCUCGUCCUCGACGAAUUCAAGCUCCUCCCCACAUACCUCUGGUGCACAGGCGACGACAAGGGCUGGCGGCUCGCCGAGCUGCGGGGCAUAGAAGACGGCGAGGACGGCGCACGAUGGUUCGAGAGCAUUGCAGAGGCAAACGAGGACGCCGGGCCCAGCUUCACGCGGAAAGCGCCCCAGGCCAACGGCACCACGAACGGACACCACACCGCCUCAGCGCCCGCCCAAACCCAGGGCAAUGACGCGGAAGACGACGACGACGACUACUGGGCCUCCUACGACCGCACCCCCGGCGGCGUAACACCCGCCCAAAAGCGCUCGCCAGCCCCUCCGCCAGCCAGUUCCCGCGUCCAGCUGCCGUCGCAAUCGGAGCUCGCGGAGCUGGAGUACUUCGCCCGCUACGCUGCGGAAGUGCAGCCCGCGCUCGACGCGCACGAUCCGGAUGAAGAGGGGCUUGUGGCUGGAGAGUCGACACUGAAAGGUGGAGAGUUCUCAGGCGCAGCAAGACCACCUCCUCGCGAGCCCGAGACGGAGCCGGCAGAAACGACGAACCCGGGUCCGAGGGGCUACGAUUCCUCGUUCCCACCUCCGUACACAGCGAACGGCAUUGCGCUCGAGCAUGCCGAGCAUGAGAACCCGUGGGAUGAGGGCAGCGCGCUGAAUCACCCGCGGCCGGCGUCGGCUGGGUCGUCAAGCUCUGUAGAACGGCUAGAAAGGGAGGCGGAGGCGAGUACUCAGGCGGAAAUGGCGAUUAAGCAGCACAUCAGCACGGAUAUGAAGUCGCUGUUCCGGCUGGCGCGGGCCGCGGGAAUUGAGCGGGAGGAGUUUGAGCGGAUAAUUAAGCGGGAGUUGGAGGUGCUGCCGUUGCUUGAGAGGGAUGAGUAGGAGGCGUCUACGUCAGCCGGAGAUUGGAAAUGUAGGAAAGGCUGCUGAGUCGAAAGGGAAGGUAGGCAUUCUGGGCGUUUUUCAAGGAACCACGGUUUGGGCAUUGUAUGGCGCUUGGCCUGAUCAUGUAGCGUUUGUGGAUAUGAGCACCACAUUAUGCCUAGUAUGUUUAUCGAAUACGAAAUCCACUUGAACCU